AUGGAGAGCAACAAGAGAGUCCAGAUUGUUAUGGGCACGGCCAACUUCGGUGACCCUACGAGUUUUUGGGGCCAGUCGGAUUCGAACCUUCUCGAAGCCUUUGAUCUUCUGAAGAAGCACGGCCACAACAAGCUUGACUGCGCGCAGGCUUACAACGGGUCAGAGAGCAAGCUCGGCGCGCUUGAGGCAGGCAUUACACACGGCUUUCUCAUCGACACGAAAUGGCGUGGGGGGUGGGCUCGUGAGAAGGAUGCGAACAGCACAGCGGGCAUCGUUUCAGCCGCGAAGGCGAGUCUGGACAGACUGAAAGUUCCACAGGUCGACAUCUUCUAUCUACAUGCACCCGUGUACAACACACCAAUCGAAGAGACUCUGGCAGGCGUGAACGCUGCUUAUCGAGCUGGCAACUUUCGUCGGUUCGGCGUUUCCAACUUCCCACCCGAAGAUGUACAACAAGUGUACAAUGUGUGCAAAGAAAAGAACUACGUUCUACCAACUGUUUACCAGGGCAACUAUUCCGCCAUUGCGCGGUCAUCAGAGGAACGGCUUCUCCCUCUCCUUCGGAAGCUCAGCAUUGCCUUUCUAGCUUAUUCCCCUAUCGCUGGCGGUUUUCUUACCAAGGAUCGUGCCCAGAUUGGAAGUGGUGAGACACGGUUUAGUCCGAAUCAAAUGUAUGGGCUGUAUCACAAGAUGUACGUGAAGGACGUACUGUUGGAUGGGCUCGAGGACUGGGAGCGGAUUGCAACGGACGAGGGCAUUUCAAAGGCCGAAUUGGCGUACAGAUGGGUAGUUUACAGCAGCUCCCUUAGUGCCGAAGAAGGAGACGGAAUCGUGAUAGGGGCUAGCAGAUUGGCACAGCUGGAAGAGACUUUGCUGUUUUGCGAUAAGGGUCCAUUGAGCCAGAAAGCUGUAGAGGGCAUCAAUGAGCUGUGGCAGAAGGUGAAGCAUGAAGCUCCUGUGGACAACUACCAAUCUGCGAAGCAGUAA